GCGCGUACAAACACGUGCUCCAACCCCUUCGAUAUUACUUUAGGGGAUAUACAACCUCUCAUCGGCGUCUUCGUCUUCUUCCAUCAAUCGAUCAAUUCUUUUAUUUUCAGUAUUUUUCAUGAAUCCUCCGAUGCAUACAAGUUUGUAAAAAUCAUAUUUGCAAUUCAAAUUCCUUUUUCCCAAGUUCAGAUUUCAGAUUUUUCUUUGUCGGAGUCCGUCGGCCGAAUUUCAGCUCCGAUACGUGCCGGUGUAACUGGCCAGAAUAGAUUGGAGCACUUAGUCGGCAUAAACAACGUAUAACAAUGAGGCGUAUGGUUCCUUCACUGGUAGAUUUAUGUGUUCAGACAGCUAUAGAUAAUGUCAGAUACCUAGGGGAUGUUGGUGAAACAGAUUCUCAUCUACUAGAGCGCAUUUUGCCUCACUGUUCUCUUGAACAGUUAAUACAUGUGGAGAAUUCGACACAAGGAAGAGAUCUCAGUCAAGUGACAGAUAGACUUUGGAAGAGGUUCUACCAGAUUCAGUUCGGUGAGAAGAGCACCAAUCAGGUGGUUGAGAGAAUGAAGCAAAAGAAAGUAACAUUUAAAUGGAAACUGUUGUAUGAGGCAAAGUCAAAAGAAGUGGAGGAGACUCAACAAAGGUCAUUCGAAAGAAUCAAGGAAUUGUAUCAAAAGGAAGAUGCAAAACGGCAAAGCCGACAAGUUCGAGUUUGCACAAAGGUUCCACCUUCUAGCAAUAAAAGAAGCUUUUGGGGUAGUGGACCUGGUAGCAGUUUUUGCAACACAAAGAGUACCUUGAUGAAGAAGGCAAAAAUAGAGUUUGUAAACAGUCGAGAAGUAAAGAAUCUCGCAGCUAUGAAGAAUAAGGCUGUGCAAAGAAAUCACAGCCACAGCCAAAUUUCUCCUGCAAAAAAACCAGGUGGUUUUUCCUCUAUGGCUUCUUCCUCAAGAUCAAACUUUACAAGCCGGUAAGAGAGAUUCUACACUGGCAUUGAAAGCAUCAAAGUCGGCUGUUGAAGAAAAUGAUGAUUACUUUGUUUUCUGCAACAUCAAAGUGCAAUUCUGUAUUUAUUCAUAAAACUUUUGCGGGCUUGAGUGUCAUACUUUCCAUUGUUUUCAAUCCAUAGUAUUGCAAAUAGUGCUUUUGGAUUUCUUGUAAAAUAGGAAAUUGGAAGUCUGAGGACAUCAAAUAAAACUAGUUUCAUAUGAA